AAACAAACACACGUGUGAUACUGUAGUCUCGCACUUAACAUUAUUCUAUUAUAAAUAUUUUAUAAAUGAUUUUGUAAUUUAUAAAUCAAAAUGGGUAAGAGAAAAUACGAAAGUGAGUCCAACGAAGUGAGUAAAAAGAGCAAAAAUGAUAGUGAAAUAGCUGAUACGGAGUGUGAUACGGAACAACCUCAAAAUGAAAAUAGUAAAACUGUAAAUACAAAAUCGUUAAAAUCUAAUUUGUUCGAUAUUAAGCAUUUUAGGAAGGAGUUAGCUGAAAAGCAAGGCCAAACAAUGGCUUUGACGCAGUUCCUCCAAGUUUGCCUUAACCCUGACAGUGAUGAAGAUUACAUGUUGAAAUAUUUGAAGAUUGGAGGCAAUUCUCAUGAGAUAUUACGGCAAAUCACACAAGACAACAAAAAGAACUUGACACUAGCGACACCUACUUUCCAUCUAUUCCACUUAAUAAUACUAAAGGUGCAGUCCUCGCUACCUCAUAUGAUAAAUAUAACUGAGGAGGCUUGUCGGUUCUUCCUUAACACUUUUGUACCAACAAUUGAAGUGAUGAUUAGUGAAAAUUCAGGUCCAAAGCACAGAAAAGUUGUCUUAAACCUACUGACGUCAAUGGUGACAUUGAACUCGGAAUUAGGAGUAGAAAUCCUUAACCAAUUGCCGUUGACUCCAAAAAACUUACAGCACCUUGUCGAAAAAGCAAAUUAUAAAGAAAAGGACAAUGUUAGAACAGCGUUCGUACAUUUCAUGACGUCAUUCCUGGUCGAUGGUCACUUGCCUCUAAUAAAAGCUUUACUUGAAAAGCAAGGAUUAUUGUCAUUGAUUAUACCAGGUCUAGUUCAAGAUGAAGCAGAUGCCGUGUUGAUGUUUUUAAAUAUAUUAAAAAAGAAUGUUAUUGAUAAUGCGUUAAUAUCAAAAACAUUGAAAUUAAAAACAUUUAGUCACCAAGUUUUGCAUAGCAUGUUCAGACUAUUUACUUGGAAGGGACCUCCAGAGUUAAAUGAAAAUAAAGAUGAAUCUAGAAAUGAGAUAAUAACGUUGCUAACUAAUAUAGUUUUGACGUUAUUUACCUCUCAUAAACAAGGAAUUUACUUUCUGGAUCCAACAGUAGGGACGAGUGACGCAAAUAAGAAUCAAAAUCUUUACAAAGCUCUACAAUCAUUAAAACGCCCCUGGGAUAAUGAAUAUCAAUGUGAAGUCGUUCUUCAGAUAGUUUACAAGUGUCCCGAUCUUCACAGGGCAUUGAUUAAUGUUAUCGAGCAGAGCUUUCAACCCCAACAUUCACCAAUUUGGGAGAAAGCUACGGAUUUUGUUGUAAAACUUCUAGAUAAAUUAAAACCAGAGGAAAUGAUCACAAGAUUGAACAAUCUCAAUCCUCAGCAGAUGGCAAAUUUUGUAAGAUUUGUCACAUUACCUGUCCCAUUAUUGAAAUUAAUGAACACAGGUAUAGGCAAGGAUCAGACAAUCUCAUUAUAUUGUAUUAAAGUUCUUGUAAAAAUGUUGCAAACGUUAAAAAAGUACAUGCAGAUAUUAGAACUCAAUGAUUCUGACGCAAGGAUUACAGAACUGAAAAAUAAGUUAGAAAUUUUUUUACCCAAACAUAUGCCAGCUCCAAAUGUUGUCGUAGCAUUGAUUAAUGAUAUCAUUGAUGAAAAAGCUACCGUGGAAGAGAAACAAGAUUACAAAUUACCAGUGAUUAAUAAAGCUGAUUCACUUUUGACAUUAAUAGAGUUAUUGCUGCUAUACAAUUACCUUUACCCGGCUUCUAUUGAAGCAAUUGAAGGCACUAUUGAUAUGAAGAAAAUUCUCCAGGUCUCCACCACACUAUCAACUGGUCAUAUAUCUCUUUUAAAAUUAAAAAUAGUCUCUCUUUGGCUUACACUAGACAGCUCAGUUUCAACGCUACAAAACCCGAUGUUCAAAGACUUAUUUUUAAUAAUGUUAGAUGUAUUUACAAGUGAUGGUGAUGAAACUUGGAUGGAAGCAAAAGAUACAUUGCAUAUAUUUUUUAAAAAUACUGAAAUAUUUGAAGCUGAUGAGGACGAAAUUCAUUUAAUGCUGUACACACUGAGAAACAGUAAAGUUAACCCAGCAUCCUUAAUAGGAGAUGUAAUCGAACAUGUGCUGGCUAAAGGACCUGAAAUAACUGAAUAUGUAAAGAAUCAAAUGGUUAAUUUUCAGGUUCCUAAUGAGAAUAGCGUAACAAAUUUAGAUAAACUAUUCAAUGAUUUGAUGCAUGGUAAAAAUACAGAAGAUAGCACCUUCCUUGAAAACAAAAUACCCUCUGCGUUUAUUGUAGGAUGUAUGCAGUUCAUACAAAGUAACAAAGAAGCUAAAAAGCAAAUGAAAUCUUUUCUCUGUCUGUAUGUAGUUAACUUGCUACAUAAUAAUUGCUCGCCAGAGCUCACGGAGGUUCUUAUAGGGGAUUCUAAGUUAGAUGUUAGAAGUUAUGUCGCUGAUUGGAUGGUCAAUCCUAUUUCGAUCCCUGAAACUACAAGUAAUGAUGAAACUUUAAAAAAUAUCUCGAAGUCUAUAAUUAAUAACGAGGAUAUUCCUUUGAUGGAGAUAUUUCCAGCGUUAAUUGAAUCAUCAAACGAAUAUGAUUUAAGUGUGAUAGGUGUUACAUACAGAAUAGAUGUCACAAAACAUGUAAAUAGCUCCGAUUUAUACAUAUGGGCAAAAUAUUUAAUGUUUUGUAUAGUGAGAUUGACGAGCAUGGAUAAGUUUUUACAAGUACAGAAAGACAAAAUUUUGAAUUAUUUCAAGAUUAUUAUUUCACUAGGCAAACGAAACCUUAUGUUGAAUACUUGCAGAAGUAUCCUUCUAAACAUGUACAAGAAUGCGCAUUUCCUUAAAAUAUACCAACCUAUAGACUUGAAUAAAAACGCAUCAAAUGUUUUGGCUACAGAAUUACUAGUCGAUAUUAUAGAAAAAAACAGAGACAUAAUAAAUUAUCUGAAUAAAAAACACUUUAUCUUGAAAUCGUAUCAACGUAAAAAUUUGAAUGAAAUAUAUAAAUGUUUUAUAAAGAUUAAAAAACGAAAGAACGUUAACAGUGAACUGACUAUUAGAGUAUUAGAAAAGGUUGGUUUAGCGGAAAGCGAUGACAUGCAAGUUUUCAACCAUAUAUUUUCCGUAGAUCCAAAAUUUUGCUAUAAAGAAGACAAGGAACCAAGUUUAAUAUUGGAUUUAUUACGAGUGUUAAUAAACAACUAUUCCAAUUCAGUUUCUACAGAUUUAUCUCAAGAAUUGUUAAAGAAAUCCAUGGAUUUAUAUGUAAAAUUGUUAACCUUAAAAGAAACUACACCCAAUUUAACAAACUUAGAAGAAACAUUGGUGAAAUUUUUCGAAAAUAAGCCUCAUCAAGUAAUUUACGUUACUGAGGAACAAUUUAAACACUUUUUCAAUGCCAAUACAGUAAGGAAAUCAACGUCGAAUUUAGCUCAUACAAUUUUAAAAUACAAUAACAAACUCUGUAAUAUUUUUGCAGAAGAAUUAAAUAGAGAUGAAAUACUAAGUCAGAGGGAGAUAACUUUGCCACUAGGUAACGCUAUAAUAAAUCACAGCCAAUACUUUUUAGGAAAUAAAGAUAUUCUUACCAAUAUUUAUAAUGAAUAUAAGUCAAAUAUUAUAAAAUUUUGUGAAAAACCGCACAAAGCUGGUCAAGUGUAUUUAAAAUCUUGGAGAUUUAUUAAAAAACUCGUAAUUGAAUGUAUGGAGGUAAACGAUUGCAAGAAACUAUUUUCCAAAAGUCAUAAAUUCGAAAUAGUUGAUUUUAGUCAUAUUAAUUUGAUUCAAACUGUGUUUUUGAAGAUUUGCAUUUCAAAAGAUGAACUAAAAACCGAACAUUUCGUAAAUUACUUUUUGUCUAUGUUAAACACAACGACGCUAGCUGUAAAGGAGAAUAAGGAUACGAAUAUUAUUAAUGCUUUAGUAUUUAAUAUAUACCAGGUGAUAUCAGUGUGUCAAAAGAACGAAAAUUUCCAAACAGAUAAAAAAGAACAAUUCAAAAAGUUAACCGAAAGUGCAAUUUGGCAAAACUUCUGCAAAGUCGUCCUCAAAGAGUCCUUGAAAAUCAGAACAGCUGAUCAAGAGAAUGUAAGUGGACCAAAGCUUCUAUCGUUAUUAUCGUCCCUUGUAAAAUUGUGUUACCCAAGUAAUCAUGAAGAUAUAGUGAUGCUUUUUGACAUGGUAACCUCACAUUCGGAGUUCCUUAACGUGAUGCUCAGUUAUCAUAGUCCAAACAUAAAGUCGCGUUUGUUAGAAUUUCUAUUCGUCCUAAUGUCAACGAAUAAAUCCGUUAUGAAGACACCACAGAUACCUGUGUAUUUGAGCGCGUACCAUGCCACAAUGAACCCAAGUGACAGGCUUAUCUUAAAAAUUCUCCAGUUUUACGAAAUAAACGAAUUACCAGUAAACGAGUAUAAGCCCUACAUCUGGGGUGAUUCAGCCGCUAAUCAUUAUGCAAUAAGAAAAAACAGAACAUCAACAUUAUGGAGUCAUCCAACACCUAACCAAGUUAUGAAUUUAUUGGAUAAAGAAAUUAUAGAGAAAACUGUUAGAUUGUUUCCGGUUAAUCAAAAAUUGGAAUACAAUUACGAAUUACCUCACCUAUAUUGUAAUAGUUCAAUAAAGAGUUAUAUAGAAAAAAAAGCAUGCGACAUCAAAGCUAAAGCUAAAGAUAAUGAAGAAAACCUUAAAGACUUGUUACUACAAGAUGAAUACAACAGAAUAUUCGCUAUGGUGAAACAAACAGACGUUGUAUCAGUAUCGCAUAAUAAAGAUGACGAAGGAAUUUACGACGCUUGUUUCUUGUUUCCUCUGUUGAGUCACCUCUUGGCUCCAGGUUCUGUGGCGUCAUGUUUCAAACUGUUAAGGACUGGUCUCUUGUCUGUUCCUGUGAUGGGGCUGAGUUCCCACUGUCCUUUGAUGCGAGCGGCAGCGUAUCACGUUCUGCACAGGUUCUGCUUGUUAUUGGAGACGGAAACGAAACACAAAAAUGAUAAAAUUUUGCUCAUGGAUUUUGUGACUACAUUGCGUCAAAGUUUAUCCACCGCUAUUGAUUCCGCAGCUAACGAAGGAGAAUUGAAGGACAUUAAAAAUCCAAAAUUACCCGCAAUCGGCGCUUUAUACUUGGCGAGAGUUCUGUUAGUGGUCACUUCACCGUCCGAACCUCUGUACAAACCAGUCAACAAUUUCCUAAUAGCAAAACAAUUUGUAGAUUUUACCGUCGUACCAGAUUUUCUAAGUCUGUUUCAUGAUAGCGACGUUGAAGCGGUAGAUAGACGGAAUUGGAUAUUAGACAUUAUAAGAGAUGGAACAAAAACCAUGUUAGAUAUUAAUGUUGUGUUCAAAACUAUGUGUCUUAAAAUGAUAAUGGACUUUUAUAAUACAGUUUUAUGUGAUAGGAAGACAAAGGUAAAAAUUUUAGGGGCGCUAAAUUCUAUCGUUUCAGUGCCAAGGGCUUUCGAAAUUUUGGUCGAGGCCUACGGUUUUAUGUCCUGGUUGCAUUAUGUUGUACGUAAUAUUAAAAAAGACGAAAAAGCUAUUGUUAAAGAAAUGUUUGUAUUGAUAAGAAACAUGAUUCAUAGUUUGGGUAUAAAUCUUUUUGCCAAAUAUUGUUCUAAAUUCAACGCGACUAGCAACAUUCAAAGUUUAUGUGAUUUCAAAGUUAAAAGUGAUCUGGAGUACGAAAUGUUGAGCAUUUUGUACGAACUGUUACCUCACACGGAAUUUUUAGACCAUGAUGAUAUACUUUCAUAUAUCAAAAUUUAUAAUUUAAUUACAAAAAGGACUAUUAAGUUCAUGACUAAAAAGCAGACACAUAACAUUGUGACAAAGUGCAGCGAAUAUUGUAAGAACAACGAAAGUGUCAAAUUAAUAAAUAAGGCGGUAGUUUUAAAUAAUUCGUUAAUUUUAAAUAGUAAAAUUAUUACUAACGAAGUUAUUCCUGAGAGCAAUCUAAUCGAAGAGCUCGUGAAUCUUGUACAAACGUAUGUCACAUAAAUGUAUAAAAGAUUAUAUUAAGAAUAUUAAAAUAUUAAUAAAAUAUAUACUUAAGUUAAAUUUA